AUGUUACCUACUAUGGUACCUACUGUAACGUGUAACAAACCCUACUUCUACUUAAUAAGCACCUUGGAGGGUAGUCAAAACGGAGAUGAAGGAACUGUGAGAAAAAGGAAAUGGAAAACGGCCAAAAACCAUGUGAAGAAGACCUACACGGAGACGUUUCGUUCGUUUUUGAACGACAAUCACCCAACGACGCGGAUGACUCAACACGUCCGUCGCGACGCAAUGACCCGACUGGAUGGUGAUGAUCGUAGAGGUUUCAUGACUGAGCGCCUUAGUUGUGUCAACAAGACAGCGAUUCAAANAAAAAGGAAAUGGAAAACGGCCAAAAACCAUGUGAACAACACCUACACGGAGACGUCUCGGUCGUUUUUGAACGACAAUCACCCAACGACGCUGAUGACUCAACACGUCCGUCGCGACGCAAUGACCCGACUGGAUGGUGAUGAUCGUAGAGGUUUCAUGACUGAGCGCCUUAGUUAUGUCAACAAGACAGCGAUUCAAAAAACGUAG